AUGAUACGGAGAAUUGCGGAAAGAGGGAUUUUUAAAAAAAAUGCACACCGGAGUUACUUCCAUUUGGGUAAACACAGUGGGGGGUUCCUUCUUAGUGACAAAAAGUAUGUACGCUACGAGGGUGGCUUGAAUCAGGGGAGUAACCAUUUAGGCAUUGAUCCUACUGAGGGAGGCAACAAUGUUAGCGAUAGCGACAACGCCAGCAUACCGCCCGGGGAGGAGAACAAAAUAUUCGUACACCAAAAGUACAAAGUGCAAAUGGCCCUGUGCAUAGACAGAUUUCCCCUGACCUUUGAGCAACAAGAGUUUGAAAAAGAUUUCCAAAAUUUCAAAGACAAAUGGCUUCAAAAAACGAACAACAAUUUGAAUAUCAACGAGGAAUUUUUACACAUGAAAUAUAAUUUGAGUUCCUUUCACGAUCGGAAGAAGGGAAAUGACCUUGAGGGAACCAAUUUAGAGGAUGAAAUGGGACACGAAAAAGGAAAAAAAGAUAAAGGUGUGGAUCAUGUGCCAGGUGAAGAAGCGACGUCUGCAGAAAAUGACGACCUCGAAAAUUUGUUUGCUAUAGAAGCGCAAAAGAAAAAAAAAAAAAAAAAAAAAAAAGAUGGAGAUGAAAAUGAGGAAAAAAAAAAAAAGUUCGAUGAUGAUCAUGAAAGCGAAUAUAACUACAGAAGUGUUACGAGGAAACCAAAUAAUUUUUUAUACUUAGUGGUGAAAUAUAAAAAAACAGAUAAGUGGAUGUUCCCAUUGAUGGAUUUUAAAAAAAAAUUAACAAUCAGACAAAAUUUACAACACUUAUGCACGGAACAUUUGAAAUGUGCAAUGCCAUUUUUUAUUGGCAACUGCCCUUGUACGUUUGAAAAAAGAAAAUAUAAAGUUCCUCUUUCGUUUAACGAAAUUAUCGGGAGAAAAAUCUUCUACUACAGAGCGCAUUACCUCAACCACGACGUCCACUUGGAUCUGUCCAACAAUGAGCAUAUAAAUGACUUUGCGUGGUUGUCUCGCUCCGAGCUGAAGGACUUCCUCUCCAGCAGUAAAUACCAAGUCAUAAAGGAUGCCAUUCCCUUGACGUGA